AUGGAAGGAGGAGGUCUUGUUCGAGAUUACAGUGCUAUCAUUGGAAAUCUUCAGCAGUUUAUUGAUAAUAAAUCCCUUUUUCAGAACUAUGAUAAGGAUCAGGUCAGAAAUAUUCUAAAGGCUGGAAAUCUUAAUCCAACUACAUUUAUUUCUCUCCUAAAUUUUGGAAAAGAGAAUUUCAAAGCAUCGAGACUAUUCCAAUACGUUCAACCUGCAACAAUAACUGUUAACAGUCUAGAUGAUGUUAUUACAAUUCUUCAAUCUCUUCAAUCUUGUUUAAAGUUAGAAUUAUCAAAAGGACUUACUGAUUACUUGCAAACUGUUAAAGUUGAACUUGAACAGAAACAACAAAUGAUUGAGCAGCUACAAGAAAAAACUUGA